CACAAUUCUUUGACUGCCAACCAACAAAAUGGAAUUAGGAGAUGGCAGGAGAGAUGUCGUGGAUCCCCAGGUUCGCGCAUAUGUAUCGAGUCUUGUCACAGCGCUUGGAGGAAGCGGUGCGGAUGAAGAUGGCCGAUACGUGCUUGGAGACGAUGCUCUGGCAUGCCUUCGAGACUUGAAGAAAUGGUUGAAACUAUACGAUGAGAAGGCCAAUCGACUGGAUGUAGCACGGUGUCUGGCAGAAUCCAAUCUGGUGGGAGGGGACUUACUUCAGAUUCUGGCAGCUUGGCCAGAGAAUGCGACGGACGACAGACUGAAGUCAAAAAUCGCCUUGGCAUGUUUGGAGCUCCUAGUGCCUCUGACAUGGCCACUCGAAAAAAACCCCAACCAGAUGACCGUCAACCACCACAGACAUAUUCCGUUCCUGGAGAUUGCCCAACUGGGAUACAAGUGUUCGAUUAUCAAUUUCGAUGGAGCACGGAUACUGCAUACGGCGGUCAGGUGUGCCUUACCAUCUAUGGCACAGCCGUUGGGAGAUCGGAGUACGCGCGAUGAGGGCAUUAUCAAACUUGUGCUCUACUUUCUGCGGAACAUUGCAAUGAUCGCCCCGCCUUCGAAUGUGAAAUAUGAGGGUGACGAGGCCGAGAUAUCCAGAUCUGCGACUAUUGAUGCUUUUGAUUAUCAAGAUAUCUUUCACUUGUUACUCACUGUCUCUUCUACCAUGGGCGAAGAUUUCAAUACUCAGGACGUUGUGGUUAUGGAGGUUUUGUUUCAUCUCAUAAAAGGAGUGGAUAUUGAAAAGUUGUUUAUGGACGACGAGAAAGCGGGCAACGCCAAGAUCGACGAACUUGUGAAGCUGCGAAAUAAAGAAGCAGCUAUGCUGAGAAGCUAUCAAAGCAACGCGCCGACAAGACAUAAUCGAUUUGGCACCAUGGUCUGGCUCCAACGAGAGAACGCCAAGAUGACCACUAUUUCGGGACAAGGUGCGUUAACUGACAGUGCCAGAGGGCUGGCCAAGAUGGACAGUACGAAAAAAUACAAACCACCUCGUCGCGCUUUAAAGGGAGACAAUGGCCCCUUGGACUUUGAUACGCCGGCUCCAUUGACCAUGCAGGCGAACAAACACCUUCGCGCAUUUGUCGAGGAUUUCCUGGAUGCAGGCUUCAAUCCGCUUUUUAAUCAUAUACGCAAAGCUAUCGAUCGAGAAGCGGAGCGUAUUCUCGAAUACCACCCACGGCAAUUUUUCUAUCUUGUAGCAUGGUUCCUUGAGGCGGAACGCAUGAGGAGGAAGAGCAAGAAGCCACAAAAAGGGAAGAAACCAGCUGUUCCUGAAGAUAUUGACAGCUUUGCGCUCAUUGCAAGCGUCUUAAAUCAGGAGAUGUUCAUUACCCUGAACAGAGCUAUGAACACGUCGUUUGAAAAUAAGUCGUGGCAAGAUCUAAGCGCUGCUAUGAAAUGCUUCACCCAGAUCCUUCUUACUGUCCAGGAGAUGUCUGAAUCCCCGCUCGAAGAUGAUCAGGAUAUCGCUGAAAAUAUCCUCAAUCGGAUCUUUUACGAGGAAGAAACCCAUGAUAGGGUAGCGAACAUCACGCGAACCUACAAGGACCAAGGAUUCGGUUAUCUGGAUUCCUGUACUGAGCUCGCUCACAACUACCUGCGGAUAUUAGAACAGUACUCGAAGCAGAAUGUGGACUUGCAAGUGAGAUCACGACGAAGAGUAAGGCGCAAGAAGAAGGCCGCCAAAAAGGCUGGAGAAGACGAUGGUAACGACGAUAUCGACGAUUCAGAUGGAGAAGAUGAAGCACGAGCAGAAAAGACAACUAGUGAACGGAAGUUUGAUUUCAAACGGUUCUCGGCAAGGUUUCUAUCACAAGGAUGCAUCGACACGUUCGUCACAUUCACGGGCUACUAUAAUGACUUGAAGCCUUCACAGUUAAAGAGGUCUCAUAGAUUCUUUUACAGAGUUGCUUUCAAGCAGGAAAUGAGUGUGAUGCUUUUCAGGGUCGACAUAAUCGCACUUCUGUACAAGAUGAUCAAGGGCCCUGAGGGGCUGGACCCUUCAUCUAGCCACUUCAAGGAAUGGGAUGAAUUAGUCCGACAACUACUGAAAAAAUGUACUCGGAAGAUGCAAGAGCGUCCGGAGCUUGUCGUCGAGAUGCUUUUCUCGAAGACCAAUGGUACAGCGCACUAUCUGGAGUAUGGGUAUGAGAAGCAGACAGUGACAACAAAGCCAAGGGCUGCGGCUGAGCUGGAGGUGAAACCAGGUAUGGAGUGGGAAGAACAGAUCGGUGUUGUCGUGGGUGCAAUGUUGGACCGGAACGAAGGGGAGCACCUACAAUGGCUAAAAUCACAACUUGCAUCAGCAGAGAGUGAACGCCGGAGCUGGGAGGCGGCAAACCAGGCGCUGCCUUCCGUCGAGAAAGAUCCGUUCGGGGAACCUGAUGCGACGCCAGCUGCGGAGUCGACCGAGAUGCCGAAACCUCCUUCAAUCUUGGUCAAAGCGGAUGAUGAGGCCAGGAAGCUCGCCAUGUUCAAGAACGGUUAUCUUCGGCUUUUGAUGACUCUUAUUGGAUUUCAACGCGUCGGCGCCCAGGAUGAUCCCGACACUUCUUGGAUUGUGCCAUCGACAAUAUCUGCCGAUCAGCUCAAACAAGCGCUCGACCUGAUCGCGAAGUCUGAAUUUAGCCCACCAGUUUUUGAUGAUGGAAAAGAAGCUGGGGACUUUAUUAGAAGGAAAUCUGCAGGCACAACUGCUCGCAAGAGAGCGGUGUUUGAUGAUGAAGACGAUGGGAUCGAUGACGACGAAGAGGAAGAACCUCUUUUCCCUGCUGGUGGCCCUACUUCUCGGAAGAAGGACGCUUUGGAGACACUCAAAAAGACUCGGCGAAGGAGGAGGAGGGAAGGUAGCGAAGACAAUGGCCCCACAGAAGAGCAACUCAAAGCACGUGCGGCUGCCCGAAGAGAAAGAGAACUUGAAAAGCAACGCAAAAUUAAAAGCGAACUAUUUGUUCAUGAUAGCGAUGAUGAGACUGACGAAGAAAGAGAUCGGAUCUUCUUCGAGCAGGAAGAAAAGCUUAGACAGCAGUCCAAAAUUAACAUUAUGAAGGAGUUGCUGAAUGUUGGAAAGGAGAAAGAAAAAGAGAAACAGAAACAGAAACAGAUCAGGAAGAGGCUGUCGAGCGCCAUAUCUACAGAUAGCGAUGACGAAAUCACAGGCGCAAGCAUCCGUUCUUCAUCGGCUGCCAGGGACAAUGUCCUUGCUGAAUCUGAUGAUAAAGAAACAGAUACGCCAAUGUCAAGUCCACACCAGAAAUCAUCGCAGCCAAAGCGGCGGAAACUCUCCAGUGGUGAUGGGUCAGCAUCGCCUGAACAAUCACUUGCUGGAAAAGACCAAGCUGGAAAAGACCAAGCUGGAAAAGCUAUGUCAGAUGAUGAGGACGAGGAGGUGAUGCCGGUUGUCAGACCGGUCAGACAAAGAACUAGAGCAGGGUUCAUUGUCGACAGCAGUGAUGAAGAAUAGAUGGUUCUGCUUUGGGACGGAGUAUUGGAUAUCAUGUGGCGUUAGGAUAACGAGAACAGGCUUGAUGAUGGUCAACGAGUCUGGAUGUUAAGGUAGUCAAGGAUUACUCUCAAGGCUCCCCGAGCUUCGGCUUUCGCAAAUGUUAAUACACUC